UCUAAACAAGGAUCGGGUGGGUUCAGAAAACGAAAGCAUGACAAUUUUCCACAUGGUCAAAGAAGAGAGGAAAAAGAGAAUGUUAAGCCAUCUUCAGCUGUGAUGACAUCUUUUAAGUCAUUUCAGCUGGAGCUUGACACCAGGCAUGAUAAAUAUGAACGGCUCGUGAAACUCAGUCGUGAUAUAACUAUCGAAAGCAAAAGAACAAUAUUUCUGCUACACAGGUUUACCAGUGCUCCAAGUGGGGAAGAAAUACUCAAUGAAUCUGAAGUCAAGCUAGAUGCUGUCCGACGGAAGAUUAAGCAGGUUGCACAAGAGCUGAUUGGGGAAGACAUGUAUCAGUUUCACAGAGCUAUAUCUCCAGGACUUCAAGAAUAUGUUGAGGCAGUCUCAUUUCAGUAUUUUAUCAAAACACGAACUUUGAUUAGUGUUGAAGAGAUCAAUAAACAACUAAUAUUUACAGCAGACGAUAGAGAAGAAACAACAAGCACGACCUCCAAUUCCCAUGAUAAACAAGCACACACUUGGAGCCUGAAGGUAACACCUGUGGAUUACCUGCUGGGAGUGGCUGACCUGACCGGAGAGCUGAUGCGGCUGUGCAUCAGCAGUGUUGGAAAUGGUGACAUAGACACACCUUUUGAACUGAGCCAGUUCUUACGUCAGAUUUAUGAUGGUUUUACUUUCAUUGGCAACACUGGACCUUACGAAGUAUCGAAGAAGCUGUACACCUUGAAACAGAGUCUGGCAAAAGUAGAGAAUGCCUGCUACACGUUAAAAGUACGGGGAUCUGAAAUCCCAAAGCACAUGCUGGCUGAUGUGUUCUCCACCAAAUCAGAAUUGAUUGACCAAGAGGAGGGUCUUUCUUAAAAUAAGAAGACUGUUGCAACUCAGAAGGAAAGAGGACUCAGAGGAAGCUUUCUAGUUACGGUUUGUGGGGUUUUGACCUUUCUCAAAGCUUUUUAGGUAGAGACAUUUUUAGUUUUGUCUUUGAGAACAUUGUUUGCAGUGGUAAUUUGUAACCAAAAGUACUUUUUAUGAUGUGCAAGAGAACAAAUGUUUGACUUUGUUCUCUUGGUGUGGAAUUUCCUGUAUUGCUCCAUUGUAUGUUCUUUCAGAAUGACCAAAAUUUCCUCUGCCCUAUACAACAGUGACUGUCAGUCACUGUCAGUUGUGUGAGUGACCUCAAACUCUUGUGGUUGCUGUUAUCAGUUUUCAGGAAGCACAGCAUUGGAAAAAAAUAUGGUUAGGUACUGUUACUUAGCAUUAUCUAUACAUUUCUGCUGACCUGCUUUCUGAGAAUUUGGGUUCUAUACU